AUGACGCAUAAGCACCGGCAUGACGACGUUGACGAGCUCCUCGUGGAAGGCCUGAUAGCCGCGGGUUGGGACGGCGAGGAGAUGCCGAUUGACGAGUGGCCGGAGAUGGAGGGUUACGUUCAUCCAGCUAUCGAUUUAUGGAAACUUACUUUAUCACAUACCACACGUUGA